AUGGCUGUAGCUGCAUUUGAUGUAGUAGAUGCUGGUGCUGUCUUGGCAGAGAUUAAUGAAGACUUCCUGUGUUGUGUUAUAUGUCUAGAGCGGUAUUCAGACCCAAAGAUACUACCAUGUCAACAUACAUUUUACAAGAUACCCGAGAAACUGGUAGCUGGUACCCCUAAAGUGUGUGAAUUUUGUGAAGAAAAUAAAGUCACCUCUAUCUGUGUUGAAUGCCAACAGUAUUCCUGUACAUCUUGUACUAGAGUACAUAAAAAAACCAAGGCAACACAAUCUCAUCGGCUUCUAUCGCUUGACGAAUAUCAAGAGACAAAGAACAAGAAGCCAUUUGCUGUACAGCCGAUACAAUACUGCAAUGUCCACACAGGUAACCAGUUAAAGUACUACUGUGACACCUGUCAGACACCUAUAUGUAUGGAAUGUACAAUCAUAGAUCAUAAAGUACACCAACACAGAUAUAUUAAAGAGGUGGCGGAUGAGUAUUCUGUCAAAUUGAAGUGGAAGGUCAGGAAGUUAAAAGUGAAAGCAGAUGAAACUGAGACAAGUAAAAAGUCAGCCAAGGCAGCCUGUGAGAAACUGAAAACCUAUUGUAAAGAAGAAGAAGCAAAAAUAAACAAGAAAACGGAUGAAAUCUUGGCAGAUCUGAGAAGACAAAUAGAAGCAGUCAAGCAGAAGAAGAAGAGAUUGGUGGAUCAGUUGAAGAUAGAAUACACAGCUAGAGUGAAGUAUAUGGAAAUCAAAGUUGAUGAACUGGAGAUGAAAUAUGGAAACAUAGUCAGCACUAGUAGCUACCUAGAGACACUGGUGCAACAUGGGAAUCCCGGACAGAUAUUGAGUGCCAAACAAGUUUACCAACAACGAAUUGAUGGGUUGAUUACCAUGGAAACUAAACCACAACUUAUUCCUGAUUUAAUAGAGUUCAAACCUCAUCCAGGGAGAGAUGUUGUAGGAAUGCUGGCAACAAACGCAUGUCAACAAUACUGUAGUCUUGAUAAUAUCCCAAAACAACUGAUCAAAGGUGACACUGCUACUUUCAUGGUAACAACUAGAGAUAUUCAAGGAAAACAAGUUAUUCCACUCCAGGUGGUUGAGGCUAGAGUAACAAAACCUGAUGGAUCAAGUGACGAUAUUGAAGUACUGGAUAACAAUAAUGGAACACACACAAUGAUGGUACAAAAGUUUGAUAGAAGUGGUCGUUUCAUCUGCCGUAUUGAUAAGGACAAUGAUGGACUGAAUAUACCAAAUAGUGUAGCAGUAACUGAUGAUGUACCAUGUAGAGUGGUUUUAGCUGACCGUGGUAACCAUUGUGUGAAAAUCUUUGCACAGUAA